AUGGAAAGAAUUCAAGCUUUAAACAAUCAAAUUAGCAAAAAUGACACUGCUGGGUUAGGCAUGGGCAGAUGGGUUAUUAAGAUGGCAGAACCUUUUGAUUUUUUGCCUACUGGAAAAUCUUUAAAGGGUAAAACUGUCCUUAUCACUGGUGCUUCUAGAGGUAUUGGAUUAGCUAUUGGCAAGAAAUGUGCAAGAGAUGGUGCAAAUGUUGUAAUUCUUGCAAAGACUGCUGAAGCUCAUCCAAAAUUAGAAGGAACCAUCUACACUGCUGCUGAAGAAAUAAAAAAAGCAGGAGGUUAAGCUUUGCCAAUUGUCUGCGAUAUCAGAUUUGAAGACUAAGUGAAAAAUGCAGUUGAAAAAGCUGUUUAAACCUUUGGUGGAAUUGACAUUCUUAUUAAUAACGCAUCAGCCAUCAGUUUGACUGAUACUCCUAACACUGACAUGAAAAAGUACGAUUUAAUGCACUCUAUCAACACUAGAGGUACUUUCUUAGUCUCUAAGUAUUGCUAACCCUACCUUAAAAAAUCUGAGAACCCUCACAUUUUGAAUAUUUCUCCUCCUUUAAAUAUGUAAGCAAAGUGGUUUGGUCCUCACGUUGCCUAUACUAUGGCUAAAUUUGGUAUGAGCAUGUGUGUUUUAGGUAUGAGUGAAGAGUUUAAAGACGAAGGUAUUGCUGUUAAUGCUUUGUGGCCUCGUACUGCUAUUGCAACUGCUGCUGUUAAGAACGUUUUAGGAGGAGACAAUAUGAUGAAGACAUCUAGAAACGAAGACAUCAUGGCUGAUUCUGCAUAUAUUAUUCUUACAUCCAAAUCAAGAUCUACCACUGGAAAUUUCUUCAUUGAUGAUGAAGUUCUUGCUAACAAUGGAGUAACUGAUUUCAGCAAGUACAGAUGCGACCCUAAAGGCUAAGAAUCUGACUUAACUCCUGAUUUCUUUAUUUGA